CAUGAUGUCGCUGUGGCAGGGUCGGUUGAAGCGGAUGGGGUCAGAGGCGGGCUACACGGUGACAGCUGGAGCAUAAGGAAACAUCGCAGUCAAACUGGCAGACGCGUUUAUAUUCAGCGCAAGUCAUGUUCGCGAAAGGUAAAGGGACCGCGGUGCCAUCAGACGGGCAAGCUCGGGAAAAGUUGGCAUUGUACGUCUAUGAAUAUUUGUUACACGUGGGAGCUCAGAAAUCUGCACAGACGUUUUUAUCAGAGAUAAGAUGGGAGAAGAACAUAACCCUUGGUGAACCACCAGGCUUUCUGCACUCUUGGUGGUGUGUGUUUUGGGACCUGUACUGUGCAGCACCUGAGAGAAGGGACACAUGUGAUCACUCCAGUGAAGCUAAGGCCUUCCAUGACUAUAGUGCUGCUGCGGCACCCAGUCCAGUCCUAGGCAACAUGCCUCCCGGUGACAGCAUGCCGGGUGGACCCAUGCCCCCCGGAUUCUUCCAGGGACCACCUGGUUCCCAACCCUCCCCUCACACUCAGCUACCUCCCAACUCUAACAUGAUGGGGGCGCAUGGACAGCCUUUUAUGUCUCCUCGCUAUGCUGGAGGACCUCGGCCACCCAUCAGAAUGGGUAACCCGCCUCCAGGUGGGCAGCCUUUACCUCCAAAUAUGAUGGACCCUACACGACCAACAGGCCAUCCAAAUCUGGCACCUAUGCAGAGAAUGAAUGCUCCUCGAGGAAUGGGCCCGAUGGGACCGGGACCACAGUCUGAUCCUUGGUUAUCAUUACAGAGCUAUGGAGGAGGAAUGAGGCCUCCAAACUCCAUGGGCCCUGGAAUGCCAGGGGUGAACAUGGGAGCAGGAGCAGGCAGACCAUGGCCUAAUCCUAAUAACGGAAACACAAUACCAUAUUCCUCAUCAUCCCCAGGAACAUAUCUGGGUCCUCCAGGAGGAGCAGGAGGUGGUGGAUGUCCUCCAGGAAAACCCAUCAUGCCAAGUCCAGCAGACUCCACUAACUCGGGUGAAAACCUCUACACAUUGAUCAACUCAGUACCACCAGGGGGAAACAGAUCUAAUUUUCCUUUGGGUCCUGGGUCAGAUGUCUCAAUGGGAGGACUGGAACCACAUCACAUGAAUGGCUCACUGGGUUCGGUUGACAUAGAUGGACUCCCAAAGAACUCUCCUAAUAAUCUAAGCAGCAUUAUUAACCCACCAGGAACGCCACGAGAUGACAGUGAACUAGGUGGAAGUUUCCUACUACUCACCGACAAUGACAAUGAGCGUGUGAAGGAUGAGCUCCAGCACCAAGACACCACAUGUCUUAAAGAACAAGGACCAACCUCACCAAGAACCAGAGUUGAGUCUUACCUCACACAUCCAUAG